ACAACAAAAAACCCUAGAGAACACCCCUGAACCCUGUAGAGUCGUAGCAGCCCCAACCCGCCUCCCCUUCCCCCUUCAGUCUAAAAACCAGCCUUGCACACCACCCUUCAGCCGCUAGCCACACGCCACCAAGCUCGCCGGACGUCCGGCAAUAAUCUUCAACAACGAGCCGCCCACAACUUUCCCAAAAAUCAAUCUUCAUUCCUUAACUUGAAACACUGAUUUCCCUCCAACCAAGAGACAAAACCAAGAACCCUAGACACAUAUCCAAUUCGCCACAAAUAGCAAUUUUAUUUGUUACUAAAAAAUAUUUGUGACCAUACUUUUUCUUCAUAGAAAAACCAGUACACUCCAAAAGAAAAUUAGGAGUACAUCGUUGCGAGAUUACAUUGUUGUUCCCAUGUUUUAGGAAAACACAAAAUCAAGAGAUGAAAGUAGUUGGCUUUAACACAAUGGAAUGGACUUUAUAAGUGGAGUAUUCCGGCGAAAUUGGAGGCGUGGUCGAGGCAGUGAGGUUUUCCAAUUGAGGUGUCCAUUCACGGUUUGCCAUCUCCGAUUGAAGGCUCCUGCUUGGUCGAGUUAGACAUCAAAGUUCGAUUGAUUUGCGAUGCCGAGUCGAGGUUCCCGUUACUGCUCGCAGUUCUAAUCACAGUUUCUGCCUGUUUUUUUUGGCUAUUGUUUCACGGCUGAAUUCUCGGAGUUCGAGGAGGAGAACACUAGAGAUUGAAAUGAAUGGAGCUUCCUCAUCUGGUGGUAUAAGAGCUGCUUUAUCCUAUUGUGUGCAGCAAGUACGAAGUUAUGAUUAUCAUCACUACCUUUGCCUUCUUGAACUUCCUACAAACAUGCGGAAGGCUGCAUUUGCGCUCCGAGCUUUCAAUGUGGAGACGUCCCGAGCUAUGGAUGUUGCAUCUGAUCCUAGAAUUGGUCUUAUGCGCUUGCUGUGGUGGCAAGAAGCUUUGGACAAGAUCUAUUCCAACCAGGUGAUUGAGCAUCCAGUAGCUCAGGCCCUCACUUCUGUGGUGUCUGAGCACAAGGUUAGCAAAAGUUGGCUGAAACGAGCUGUUGAAGCUCGAAUAAAUGAUGCAAAACGGGAAAGUAAUGAAAUUCCAAAGACUGUUGAAGAAUUGGAGCGAUAUGCUGAGGACACAGCAUCAACUAUUUUGUAUUCUACACUUCAAGCAGGUGGUAUAAAAUCCACAACGGCAGACCAUGCUGCUUCACAUAUUGGUAAGGCGAGUGGCCUUCUUUUACUGCUUAAGUCACUGCCAUACCAUGCUAGUCGAAACCAUCAGUUUUCGUAUAUACCAGCCAAGGUAGCUGAGAAACAUGGAUUGUUGGUUCAACAAAGUGGUCAGUCAGAGAUCAGAAAGGACUCGCGUGAGGCCCUUUGUGAUGCAGUAUUUGAAAUGGCUUCUGUAGCUAACGCACAUCUGCAGAAGGCUCGAGAAUUGGCUGGAAGUGUGCCAGCUGAAGCUCUCCCCGUGCUUUUGCCUGCUGUGCCUGCCCAGGUCAUUUUAGAUUCUUUGGCUCGGGUGCAGUUUGAUGUAUAUGAUCCGCGGCUGGCACGUGGAAUCUUGGGGGUUCCCCCUUUGUUGUUUCAGUUGAAAUUGAAAUGGUAUUCAUGGAGGGGUAAAUAUUGACAUUACCUUUACGCCUCUGUUAGCUCUUUUAACGUUGGUCAUCCACCAUUGUUUUCUGGUGCUAGCAGAUCAAUGUUUAAAGCGUGGAUGAAUAUUCAUCCCUUUGUAGAAUAUGCGUCUUAAGCAAGUUUAAUAUCUAUGCUAACCAGUGAAGACAGUAGCUGGCAUUACAGGUAUGAAUUUUUGAUGACUAAUUGAAUUCUCACAUGGAUAAAAUGUGAUUCGGCGGUUGGUAUUUCUGGUGUUUCAUCCUUACACAUAAAGAGGACAACAUAAACUUCAAGCGUUUAAAUAAAUUUCUGCGAGUACUCUGUCUGGUU